AUGAGUCUGAUUUCUGUGGUUUCCUGGAGUCUGGUGUCAGGCUAUAAAACCUUGCUGGGAGCAGGACGAGACCCCAGCAGCUGCUCCACCUCGAAGGGGUCACAGAAGGCUGUGAUGGAGCACCUGCAGAGCCUCCUGCUGCCCCUCCUGCUGGUGAUGUGCCCCCCAGUCAGCAGCACCCCAUCCAUUGCAGAUUAUCCCUGGAAGUGGAGGGAGAGAGGAGGAGAAGCCAAGGCACCUUCCAGGACACACCCCACACCCUACCUGGCCUUUCUGCAGGGGAAGGACAACCACUCCUGUGGAGGCUUCCUGCUGGCUCCUGGCUGGGUGGUGACAGCAGCCCAGUGCCUCGGGCACAAACCUCUGACUGUCAUCCUGGGAGCCCACACGCUGCAAAGGAGAGAGGAAAGCUGGCAAACCUUCCAGGUGAAGGAGUACCACUGCCACCCAGGCUUCACAAGCCCCAGGGAGGGGAACGACAUCCUGCUGCUGAAGCUGAAUGGCAAUGCCACCAGCAAUGGCCACGUCAGGCCCAUCUCCCUUGAGAAAUCCAAAGUUCGGGGGGGGACCGAGUGCAGCGUGGCUGGCUGGGGCUACAGGACAGCCACUGUCACCAUCAUCAGACAGAGGGACUGCCUCAGCCACUACCCAGGCCUGGCUGACAACCUGAUCUGCGGCCGCAGCAGAUCCUCCAGGGUACCUGAAAAGGGUGAUGCUGGGGAUCCUCUGGUCUGCAACAACAAAGCCUUUGGCAUCUUCUCCUACAGGCACAACAACUGGCCUGGCUUCUACACACACAUUGCCCCUUUCCUCCCCUGGAUCAACAGUGUCAUGAAGUCCUCGUGA